AAAGUAGAAGGGUCUUCUUCUUCUGCAAAGCAAGACACUUUGUGUCUAAAUUAUACUAUAAAACAAUAUCAAGAAGCCCAAUUAUAUCAAAAUUGGCUUGACCCACUAAAAAUAAACUUUUUGCAAAUAAAAGAACCUAAUAAUUAUACUACUAUUUCAUGUAAAGUAUAUGAUUUAGAAAUACCCCAUGCAUUACUUGAUAUAGGUUCAGAUGGAUCAUAUAUUUCUGAAAAUAUCGCAAACCAUUUUAUAAAAUAUUUUAGGUUAAAAAUAGAUAGAAAAAAGGUUUAUAGACUAACAGAUGCUGUAGGAGAAAAACAAUCUAUUGGAAGCUUUUCUGAUAUACCUGUUAUUAUAGGUAUUGGAAAUGAUACUUUAACAAUUUCAGAUGAGUUUUCAGUUUUACCAACAGAAAAAGAUGAUAAUGGCAAUGAUAUAUCAUUAUUUAUUCUUGGUACUAGAUGGCAACAUCAAGCUGGCUGGGAACCUAUAGUAAAGGGUAAGUUUAUAGCAUCAGUUAAUGGAAAAAGUAUUACUAUUCCACUUUCUGUUUAUAAUAAAGAUGAAACUAAAAAAAAAUAA